AUGGCGAGCCGAAUGUCGAUGUAUUCGAUGGCGUCAGAGGCUCUGGGCGGCCCUCAGCCUACCCAGAUGUCAACCACGACUCUCCUGAAUGCCAUCCACAACAUCUACCUGUCAUCUCAGCCUUACCAACUUGACGCCAGUACCAGUCUCGUCGUUAACACAUGGCUCACAGCUGCUCAGGCUGGUGCUACUGUUGACCCUACCCUCGCUGCUCGAGCUUGGGAGCAUGCUAGGCGCCGUGCCGAGGAUGGUUGUGUGAUCCUGGGGUCGCUUCAUCAGUCAACUCCCUCGCUCGUUGUCCCCUUUCUCAACACUUUCCCGUUUGCUAUUCCCGCUUCCAUCUACAAGUCCUUGGAAGCCGUACGACCGUUCCUCCGAUGUGUCACUCCUUACAACGCUUCGGCACCGAGACAAAUUGCGCUCGGUGUUACACUGACCAUGAGCCUGGGUGGAAAUGUCACAGGAGCUUCUCUGGCAUUGUCUCAAGGCGGUAUCGAUACCGAGAACGGGUUACUCAACGUUCCCGCCGAGGCAGGCUACCGUGCUUUUGAUGUGUUUUACUACCUCUUGACAUCAGCAUCUACACCCGCCGAGAGAGAAUUUCUGGGCCUCAAGUCACCUUCAGCAUACGCACUCCUCGCUCGCUCUGCCACUUACGAGCCACCAUCUUACCUCAUUACUGCCGACGACGCUGCGGCUGCUGACGACUUCCGCCAGGCAUUGAAGGAGAUUGGCAUCAAGGGUUCUUCCCACCGUAACUUCAUUUCCACAUUAGCCGGUCUCCUCAAGCUCGGCAAUACUCUUGAUUACGACGCCGACUCGGACGAUUUCGAGGAGAUCUGCGAAGAUGUUAGUGGACUGCUUGGUAUGGAACCCGAGGUGCUCAUGCAGCAGCUGAGCACUGAGGACCGACGAGCACUUGUCGGUGGCUUGUACGAGGCUCUCGUCGACUGGGUUAUUUCCAAGGCCAACAGCGCUAUUGCUGCUCAGAUGACUCGCAUUCGAGAUGGCGAUGAGUCUGUAGAUGGCCGCGGUGUCCAGACCCCAAACUCAAACGAGGAUGGCGACACCGUAUCCAUCACGGUUGUCGAGGUGCCUGAGCCUUCCUUAGGAAAGGCUUUGGCCAUGCGCACCAUUUUCGACGAUACUAUCGGCAUUAACGCUGAAAUGAUCGAGGACGGCGUGGAGGUCCACACUGUUGGAUCAUCUGUUGUUCGUGAAAUGCAACAGGCCGUUGCCGAUGUUGGACCUGACCUGGGUAUCAUGACUGGUCCUCAAGGUCGGGAUCGUCAGCACGAAAUUGAGAAGCGAGAGGUUAUUCUAGAGAAGGUCGCGUAUGCUUCUGAAGACGAUGGUUUCUUGAAGAAGCUCUUGUUUCCUGUUCAAGGCGAGGGCAUCAGCCUUGGUCGCGCUGGUCGAUUCGAUCUUCCUGCUCUCCUCAGCGCUAGCCGCACUUGGUUCCAUCUUUGCCUUCAUCCUACGGAUGAUUCGCCUGCGAACUUGGCUACGCUCCCUGCCAUCACUUCGGCGUGGUCAGCUGGCACCAUCUCUCGACAGCUUCGCUCCUGGAGACUUCCUGAGUGGGCCAACCGCCGCAACAGAAACCUUGAUUACACUGCCGAUUUCGACGUCGAUGAGUUCGUCGGCCGAUACGGAGCCCUCGGUUGCAAGGACGGCAAGGAUGGUAUUGAGACCUGGAUGUUGGAGAGAGGAUGGAGCAAUGGUGAAGUCUUCAUUGGCAAAGAACGAAUCUGGGUCCGAGAAAGUCCUUGGUGGGAGGCUGAGAGCAUGCUCGAUAUUAAGCCUGCUCACAGUCUGCAGAGCAUUGGUCAAAAUCCUUUUACAUCAGGCUUUGACACAAGCUACUCUGCCCAUCCUCCUAACGGCAGCGGCUUCUUCCCACCUCCUGUUAUGGCCAACAGCCUGAACAGUAGCCAUGAUCAGCUCAUGCCUACCCACACCCGGAACUUCAGCCAAGGAAACAUGAGCCAGGCUACGUUGAACCAGCACCAGAACAUGAACCUCCAGUCUGCUCCUUCGAUCGCUCCAUCAGCAAUGCGCAACGUCCAGAACACUGGUGAUUAUGGUCUUGGGGCCAAGGGUGAUACUUACAAGGGCCAAGUUUACUACAACGAGGAUGGCGAGUUCACUGGCAUGUUGGAUUCUGAUCUUGCCAAGGAUAAGAAGAUCGAAACUAAGCCACUCACAUUCGGUCGUCGGGCCUGGAUCGCUUUCGUCUGGGCUUUGACUUUCUGGAUUCCAUCUCCUCUUCUCAAGUUCGUUGGCCGUAUGAGACGACCCGAUGUUCGCAUGGCUUGGCGUGAGAAGUUCGUCCUUUUCUUCCUCAUCAUUCUCAUCAACGGUUUGGUUAUCUUCUGGAUCAUCGGGUUUGGCAAGCUUCUGUGCCCCAACUCAAACAAGGCGUGGAACGUCAAGGAGAUAGCCGGCCACGCAGAAGAUGAGAAGGAAUUCUGGGUUGCUAUUCAUGGUAAGGUUUAUGAUAUCACAGACUUUUGGCGACAGCAGCACAGUGAUACCCACAUCAAGGUCACCAAAUCCAACAUGCUACCCACCGCUGGUAUGGUGCUGGACAAUUACUUCAUGCCUCCUCUGAACACGGCCUGCAGAGGCCUUGGUAUCAAGGAAACCACCCAGCUCACUUUCAACGAAACCAUCACACAACCUCUUGCUCAGCAUACUUCUGGCUUCUAUACUCGUGAUCGCACCAGUGCCCUCAAGGAUCCAAACUGGUACUGGGAUAAGUUCCAGCCCAAGAUCAAGGAGUACUACCAUGGUGAUCUCGUAUGGAAAGCCAGCAAGAUCAAGAGCGAGGGUGAGAACGAUCAGCAUAUGUGGGCCAGGUACGGGAACCAGGUUUAUGACCUGACGGAUUACUUGCACACUCUUGAGAUCAACGACAAUUUCGACUCUUACAAGUUCCUCAACCAGGAUAUGGUCGAUUUGUGGACGAACAGUCCCGGCACCAACAUCAAGAAGGACCUUGAUAAUCUCAUUGCCAACGCCAAGAACGAGACUGUUGCCGCCGACCUCAAGAACAGUUGGAUAUGUAUCCAGAACAUUGGAUUCAAGGGUAUUGUCGAUUUCCGUGAUUCCGCUCGAUGCCAGGUCAACAACUAUCUUCUUCUCGCGUUUGCUGUCAUCAUCUGUAUUGUCACUGCCGUCAAGUUCCUUGCUGCUCUUCAGUUCGGCUCCAAGCGACGCCCUUCCCCUCAGGACAAAUUUGUCAUUUGCCAGGUUCCUGUCUACACUGAGGGUGAGGACUCGCUUCGAAACGCUUUGGACUCUUUGACAGCUCUCCAAUACGAUAACAAGCGCAAGCUUAUUUGCGUCAUUUGUGAUGGUGUCGUCGUUGGUCAAGGUAACGAUCGUCCCACGCCCAAGAUUGUUCUCGAUAUUCUUGGAGUUGACCCCAAGGUUGAUCCUCCUGCCCUCCCCUUCAAGUCCGUCGGCGCCAGCAGUGAGCAGCUUAACUACGGCAAGGUUUACUCCGGUCUUUACGAGUUUGAAGGCAACGUUGUUCCCUACAUCGUCGUCGUCAAGGUUGGAAAGGAAUCUGAACAGUCCAAGGCUAAGCCUGGUAACCGUGGAAAGCGUGACUCUCAGAUUCUCCUUAUGAGCUUCCUCAACCGUGUCCAUCAUCGCUCCCCUAUGUCUCCUCUUGAGCUUGAGAUGUUCCAUCAGAUCAACAACAUCAUUGGCGUGGACCCUGAGCUAUACGAGUAUCUGCUGAUGGUUGAUGCUGAUACUUGCGUCGAGGAAGACUCACUCAACCGUCUUGUUGCUGCCUGUGUUCACAACGCUAAAAUUGCUGGUAUCUGUGGUGAGACUGCCCUAGACAACGAUGAAAAGACUUGGUGGACUAUGAUCCAGGUUUAUGAGUAUUUCAUCUCCCAUCAUCUUUCCAAGGCCUUCGAAUCUCUCUUUGGCAGCGUUACUUGUUUGCCCGGAUGUUUCACUAUGUACCGUCUCCGAAGUGUCGACAAGGGUAAGCCUCUUAUCAUCUCUGAUGGUGUUAUCAAGGACUAUUCCGUCUGUGAUGUGGACACGCUUCACAAGAAGAACUUGCUUUCCCUCGGUGAGGAUCGCUACCUCACCACCCUAAUGACCAAGUAUUUCCCCGAGAUGUCCUACAAGUUCAUUCCCGAUGCCCAGUGUAAGACGGCUGCUCCCGAAUCUUGGAGUGUUCUUCUGUCUCAGCGUCGACGAUGGAUUAACUCUACCAUCCAUAACCUGGUCGAGCUUAUGCAGCUUAAGGAGCUCUGUGGUUUCUGCUGUUUCAGUAUGCGAUUCGUUGUGUUCAUUGAUCUUUGCGGUACCAUUAUUCUCCCCUCGACUUGUGUCUACAUGGGUUACCUCAUCUACAUCCUGGCUACCGGCACUGGACCCAUUCCUAUUAUCUCUCUUGCUAUGAUUGGUGCCGUCUACGGUCUUCAGGCUCUUAUCUUCAUUCUCAAGAGACAGUGGCAGCACAUCGGAUGGAUGAUCAUCUACCUCCUUGCUUUCCCCAUCUACUCCUUUAUCCUUCCCCUCUACUCCUUCUGGAACCAGGACAAUUUCUCAUGGGGUAAUACCCGUAUUGUCAUUGGAGAGAAGGGUAGCAAGCAGGUCGUCGCUGUUGAUGACGAAGGCUUCGAUCCCCGCUCUAUCCCCCUGCAGCGUUGGGACGACUAUGCUCUUGCCAACAACCUUCCUGGACGCCGUGGUGGUUACCAGGAGAAGCCCGAAUACUCCUACGGUGACAACUACGAGCUUGAUGAGAUCAAGUCUGUCUACUCUGCUGGACCUCAAGGCUCUGUCUUGACUGGUAUGCCUGGCCGCAACACCUACAUGCCUCCUCAAUCUCCUGCUUUCAACAAUGGCCGCACAUCGACCAUGGGCUUCCAGGAGUCACCCAUGCAGCACCGCCAGUCGAUGUUGUCACUGGGCACAGGUGUCCAUGACAUGCGCAGUCAGUCGCCAUACCAGGACUACCCCGGACAGCACCCCAGUGUUAGCAACCUCCGUGGCCAAGCCAACCUCUCACCUGCCGCAGGUGGUGGUCACAGCCGGUCUGGCACCGCUCUGGGCUUCAACGGUGGCUCUCGCUCACCAAUGCCUGAUGCCAUGCGAUCACAGUCUUCAUUCGAUUUCCAACAUAGCCAUGGUGGUCCUACCGACAUGGCCAUCGUUGAGUCGAUUCGCUCAGUCCUGUGCGAGGUCGACCUCGACACCGUGACCAAGAAGCAAGUCCGUGCUCUAGUGGAACAGCGUCUUCAGACCGAACUUGUUGGUGAACGCCGCACAUUCAUGGAUCGCCAGAUCGAUCAUGAGCUGGAGAACAUGUAA